AGGAGGAUGGCAAUGGCUCUCAGGGUGACAGCAGAUGUGUGGCUGGCAAGACCCUGGCAGUGCCUGCAAUGGACGAGGGCACUGGGCACUACGGCAACACUGGCCCCCAAGACACCGAAGCCCUUUGAAGCCAUACCACAAUACUCCAGGAACAAGUGGCUGAAGAUGAUACAGAUCCUGAGGGAGCAGGGCCAAGAGAACCUACACCUGGAGAUGUACCAUGCCUUCCAGGAGCUGGGGCCCAUUUUCAGGCACAGUGCAGGGGGAGCACAGAUUGUGUCUGUGAUGCUGCCUGAGGAUGCUGAGAAGCUGCACCAGGUGGAGAGUAUGCUCCCGCGUCGGAUGCACCUGGAGCCGUGGGUGGCCCACAGGGAACUCCGUGGCCUGAGACGUGGUGUGUUCUUGCUAAAUGGGGCUGAAUGGCGCUUCAACCGACUGAAACUGAACCCAAACGUGCUGUCACCAAAAGCUGUUCAAAAUUUUGUCCCCAUGGUGGACGAGGUAGCAAGGGACUUCUUGGAGGCCCUGAAAAAGAAGGUGCUUCAGAAUGCUCGAGGGAGCCUUACCAUGGAUGUCCAGCAAAGUCUCUUCAACUACACUAUAGAAGCCAGCAACUUUGCACUUUUUGGAGAGAGGCUGGGCCUCCUUGGCCAUGACCUGAACCCUGGUAGCCUGAAGUUCAUCCAUGCCCUACAUUCAAUGUUCAAGUCCACCACACAGCUCCUGUUCUUACCCAGAAGCCUGACUCGCUGGACAAGCACCCGGGUGUGGAAAGAACAUUUUGAUGCCUGGGAUGUCAUCUCUGAGUAUGCCAACAGAUGUAUCUGGAAGGUGCACCAGGAACUCAGACUCGGCAGCUCUCAGACCUACAGUGGCAUUGUGGCAGCACUAAUAACUCAGGGAGCUUUACCUCUGGACGCCAUCAAAGCCAACUCUAUGGAGCUCACUGCUGGGAGUGUUGACACGACAGCAAUCCCCUUGGUAAUGACCCUUUUUGAGCUGGCUCGGAACCCAGAUGUUCAGCAGGCCCUGCGGCAGGAGAGCCUGGCAGCUGAGGCCAGCAUCGCUGCUAAUCCCCAGAAGGCCAUGUCAGACCUGCCCUUGCUGAGGGCUGCCCUUAAAGAGACCUUGAGGCUCUACCCUGUUGGUGGCUUUUUGGAGAGAAUCCUAAACUCAGACCUGGUGCUUCAGAACUAUCAUGUCCCUGCUGGGACGUUGGUCCUACUUUAUCUGUACUCCAUGGGCCGAAACCCUGCAGUGUUCCCAAGACCUGAGCGCUACAUACCUCAGCGCUGGCUGGAGAGGAAAAGGAGUUUCCAGCAUCUGGCCUUCGGCUUUGGGGUGCGCCAGUGCCUGGGGCGGCGCCUGGCAGAGGUGGAGAUGCUGCUCCUGCUUCACCAUAUGCUGAAAACCUUCCAGGUGGAGACACUGAGGCAAGAAGAUGUGCAGAUGGCCUAUCGCUUUGUUUUGAUGCCCAGCUCUAGUCCUGUCCUCACUUUCCGGCCUGUCAGCUAGUCACCUUAUUUCUGGAGCCCUAAUCAGUACACCAGCCUACUUCUGUCCUGACACCCAAGGUCACACUUAUCUGCCAGCAGAAAUCUUGUGGGGGGGGAAGAGGUCGCAUUGUCAUCGUUCAACACACCUGUACACGGUUUACAGCUGAAGACCUCCAGCAUCAGGUACAGGCAAGGCCAGGGAAGAGAUUAGGAGUAUCUUCAGGGCAGUAGGUAGUCUCUCCUGAGCGGUCUUCCCCAUUCUUUCCAACGGUCACUCCAGGUGGCCACGGCCUUCAAAGGGUCUCAGAGUAAAGCCAGAAGUCAACUCCUCCUUAUGUCCUCAUAUUAUGACAUGACCCACAAAAACAUUUUCACACACAGAUGGGUUUUUGGGGGGCAAAAGAUACAUAGAUGAUAGAUAUGAUAUAUGAUAUUGAUAGAUAGAUAGAUAGAUAGAUAGAUAGAUAGAUAGAUAGAUGGAUGGAUGACCAGUCAUUUAUCUCUGUGUUUUAUUUGAAGCCUUUCACAGUGGAGCUGGCACAUAUGAGCUGGUGACUCUACAGUGUUUUAAGAGUAGACACAGCUGCACUUGCUAAGGACUGGGUGGUUUUGGUAUCAGAGAUGCAGGCAGGAGGACCUGCUAGAACCCAGAUACUGUGUGAAGUCCCCACAGGGACAGUGGUCUUCUUCGAGGAGGUCAAGGUGUUUCCUGACUUCUGCCAGUGCAUGCUGCCUGGGCAAAGGUAAUAUUCUUGACUUGUGAAAGUGGCCCAGAGCAUACGAAUUUUUUCAGGUCUCCUUUCAGCUGCAAGUCGGUAGGGCGAAAAGUUUUGGCCAAGAACAACCACUUCACAGGGUCUCCUGUGCUCAGCACUAAAGCACAAAUCUACUUGAGAUGUGGGUGCCAAAUUCCAAGGUCUAAAGCCUUUAAGUUUGAGAUAGUGUAGUCAGAGCCUUUAAUGAAGUAAUUCGUGUGAAAUGAGGUUACUGCAUUGUGCCUACUUCAAUGCCCAGAGAGCCUCCCAAGAAGAGAGUGAGGUGCCAGGUCACAGAGGCAGAGCCCAUGUGGAAGACAGGAAGUCAGACUUCUGUAAGCCGAGGAAAGCGGUUGGAACUCCUGCAGUCUUGGCUCCAUCACUCAAUCACUCCCUUGGCUGUGAAGAAUAAACUUGUGUUGUUGAAG